CCUCUAUCAUUCUCUAUGGUAUACACAGCCACAAGGACCUGCAACUUCAUGAGUAGGGUUGAGUGAGAUUACUAGUAUAUUCGUGAUUUCUCACUGUUUAUAAUUCAUAUCAAAACGUCGAUUUGGCUGUGUGCACCAUGCAUCAUUGGGUGUUCAGCUGACUUGACAACAUUAACAACAUUAACAUCGUAACUCUAGCCAGGUGCUUGUCUUCUUGCCGGAACUCGCAAAUGCUUCCGACACAGUUUCCUGUAUCACACUUGCUAGAACUUGUAAUUAUCUGAGUGGGUAGCUAGAAAUCUAGGUUUUUUUUCCAGUUCGUGUUGAUGCAGCCAACUGCAGUAGCAGCAAUUGGUCCCAUUCCUGUCUAUGUGUAGCUUGACUCAGAGGAGAGAUGAGAGUAGAAGCGACGUUAAUCAUUGUGCUACACACCAUACUGUCUACCCUGUUGGUCAGCUAUGUUAGUGCUACGCUGUCCAGGACUGAUGCCAAGAAGAAGGACUCCAAAACACAGGAGCCAGAGACGUCCCAGGCAGAGCGGUCGGUGCUGGAGCGAGGUCUGGUUGUUACUGACCCUCAGUGGAAGGACAUCGUAAAGGAGGAGAGGAGAUACUGCCAACAGGCUGUGACUCAACACACGUUCCAAGGGCCCGUACUGGGGUAUAUAACUCCUUGGAACUCUCAUGGUUACGAUGUUGCCAAGGUGUUCGGUUCCAAGCUGACCUCCGUGUCUCCAGUGUGGCUUCAGCUGAGACGGAGAGGACCUGAGAGCUUCCAUAUCACUGGUCUACACGAUCAUGACCCAGGUUGGGUAAAAGCUGUGCGGAAGGCAAACAAAAAAAUCAAAAUGCUUCCUCGUCUGUUAUUUGACGCCUGGUCGUACCAGGACUAUAUGAGUGUUCUGGGCAGUGAGGAUGAGAUCGAGGAGCUGGGGACUGAGAUGGUGGACGUAGCUAAGACAGAAGGCUUUGAUGGCUAUACACUGGAGCUGUGGAGUCAGCUGGGAGGGAACAAGAGAGUGGAGCUGGUCCACAUGAUUACACACAUCUGUGAGGCUCUUAAGGAGAAGAAGCUGGACUGUGUACUGGUCAUUCCGCCAGCCAUCACACCAAGUUCAGGCCAGCCGGGGAUGUUUGGGAGAGAGCAGUUUGAGCAGUUAGCUCCUGUAGUGGACGGAUUCAGUCUAAUGACCUACGACUUCUCCUCUGGACGACCGGGCCCCAGCUCCCCCCUACCCUGGCUGAGAGAAUGUGUUCUAGAGUUGUCCCCCAACAACCAUUGGAGACACAAGAUACUGCUGGGACUCAACCUGUAUGGACUGGACUUCUCCACCUACGGAGCUGAACCACUGCUGGGGGGCAGGUUCAUAGAGCUGUUGAAGGAGCUGAAGCCUAGACUACUAUGGGAUGAACAGGCUGAGGAGCACUACUUCAGCUACAAGAGGAGCAAUGGAGUCAAGCAUGUGGUGUAUUACCCAACUCUGAAGUCUCUUCAUCGACGUAUCUCUUUAGCCACUGAGUUAGGUACAGGAAUCUCCAUGUGGGAACUGGGCCAAGGGCUGGACUAUUUCUAUGACCUGUUAUGAGCCAAUCAGAGUAAGAGACUUCGAGGUCCUUUCUUUGUUAGCGCAUCGAUAAACCAGUACCACAUGUGCAAAUGGUAUAUAGUUCAUGGUAAUAUUUGCUGAGCCACUGAGCACCAACCAAGAGGAUUCUACUACUUUUAAAAUAAAUGAGUGACGUGACUUAUCUCAGGAAGAUCAUUGGCGACGGAGGCCAAGUUGUAUGUGGAGUGACACUCAAACUGAACUAAGGAAGCUGCCAACGUGGCAGAGUAAAACCAUCCAUCAAAGCAACUGGGGGUUGGUGACAGGGUUAUUAUGGGAUAUGUCACACACACACACACACACACAAGGUGUUCAUGUUUUUAAAUGGAAAUAUCCAGAUGAAAAACGGUAAGAUAGGAAGUUUUUCUUCUACCAUGUUUAAGAACUGCAGGAAUGUUUCUUUGACAUGAAAUAAAAAAAGGUACAUUGUU